AUGAACUCAGUUACCCCACAGGAUGUUGAAAGCAAAAACGGCGUAAAUGGACCACAAUGGGUCUCAUCUAUUUACGAUACCAGGGACCACGUUGAAUCAGAAUAUCCUGCUGUCACUGGCUACAACAUUCAAGGUGCUUUAGCCCACAAAUCUUCCAAAGAUCCGUCCGAUCCUCACGACGUCAUCACCCUUGGCUUCUUUAGCCAAAACGGAACGCGUUUCCUUAGCGGUCACGUUCAUUUGGAUGGGUCGUUUAAACUAGCCGAGAGCCGUUCAGGGAGGGGCAAAGGAAACAAAUGA